AUAGUUUGAAAAUUUAAGCUGUCCAAAACAAUUAGGUAUGCAUAUUUCACACUAAGCACUUUCCGUUUUCUGUUACAUUCCAGUUUCCAGCCAACACCAGUCUCAGUUUCAAAAACCCUCGUUCUGAAAUACCACUCCCAUAUCUCAAUUUAAAAACUCCUCAUUCAUUCAUUCAAUUCAAUCAUCCAAACUACAUGAAGGGUUCCUGCGAUCUCGGCACGCCGAAGCGCCGAAAAGCAGAGCCAGAAGAGCAAUGUUCCCCUGCGGCCGAGAACACCAAGAAGAGGAAGUCCUCCGCAAAACUCACUCCAAGAAAAAGAGCCUCCAAGAAUAGCACCCCGAAGAAGAAUAGCACGCCGAAGAAAAAUGGAUCGGCAGUCGGUUCGCCUGAUUCGGCUUGGAAGAUCGAUUUGCGGUUGGAAGCAAAAUUGUCAGCAGAGGAAGAUUCAAGGAUGUUUGCGGGACGGAAAAUACAUCCGUUUUUUUCGUUGUGGAAGGUGGAGAAGCAAAAUCAGGGACAGGAACAUGCUUUAUCUGCAGUUAAGAGGGAAGGGAGAGGAAUUACAUGUGGUCCUAUUCAUAUAUUUGAAAAUGUUCAGGAUGGUGCUUCACCCCUUGACUGGAGUGACUGGACAUUUUUGGAUAAGACCACCGUUGCAGAUUUUGGUACAGAAAGUUCAAAUUUAUUUGUUAUGGAGGGUUCUAUUGAAUCCUUAAAUUUUGAUAACUUACCUAGUUCUAUAAGACCCUCAAGUGCUUCAAGUUCUCACAAUGCCAUGUCUUGCUCAAGUCAACUUUCUAUACAGCCAGAUAGUAUGCUGGAAAUAUCACCACCAAACUCAGCUGUGCUAGCUAAUGAGCAAGCAAUAUGGCCUUUGAAGCCAGAAGAUGCCAAAGUGGACCUGGACUUGGAGGUGAAUGAAAAUACUUUUUCAGGGCAUCAGGGCAUUUUCAGAAAGUCAGAUACUGAGCCACUGAGUAAAUUUCUUCAAGAAAGUAUGAGGUCUUACUACCAUAGUUGUAAAGGUAAGGCUGAGAGCAGCUUAUGGAUACAUAAGUACAAACCAACAAAGGCCUUUGAGGUUUGUGGUAAUGAAGAGGCUAUGAAUUUCUUGCGUGACUGGUUACAUCUUUGGCAUGAAAGACGUUAUCCAUGCAGAAAGGGUUCCUCUAACAGGGAUCAAAGUAACAGACAAGAUGAUGGUGACAAUUAUAUCUGUUCUGAUAGUGACUAUGCUUCAGAAGAUAUUAAUGAGAAGGAUUCCCUACAGAAUGUUCUUUUGAUUACAGGACCAAUUGGGAGUGGCAAGUCUGCAGCUGUCUAUGCUUGUGCCCACGAACAAGGGUUUAAGAUUUUAGAGAUCAAUGCAUCAGAUUGUCGAAACGGGGCUGCUGUCAAGCAAAAAUUUGGAUCGACUCUUGAAUCAAAUCACGGAAAGUUCAAAAGGUUAUUGGAUCACACUGAGAGUCCACAUAAGAAAACUGUGAAGUUGCUUCCAAGUCCAGCUUUGCCUAAUGGUAUAGAAGCUGAGGAGAUGGGUGAUGGGGUGAUUGAACUGAUAACCAUUUCCGAUGAUGAAGCCUGUAGUCUUGGUGGAACCUCUCCAAGGUUACGUGGCAAAAGUAAUGUAUUUACAUGUGGUAGUGUCCAAACUCUAAUUCUAGUUGAGGAUGUGGACAUCCUUUUUCCUGAAGAUCGUGGAUGUAUUGCUGCCAUACAACACAUUUCUGAGACAGCAAAAGGGCCAAUUAUAUUGACCAGCAAUAGUAAUAAUGGUGGCCUACCAGAUAGUUUUGCAAGACUACAUGUUUCUUUCUCAUUGCCAUUGCCAGAUGAGUUACUUUGCCAUAUGUACAUGGUUUGUGUCACAGAAGAAGUCAACAUCAAUCCUCUUUUACUGAAAAAUUUUAUCCAGUCUUGUGAUGGAGAUAUUCGUAAAACCAUUAUGCAACUUCAGUUCUGGUUCCAGAGUAAAAAAUAUAAAAAAGACAGGAAAGUGCAGAAGGUGUAUGGCUCACUUCCUUUUGAUCUUGAGGCUUGUCAUCAGAUAAUACCAAAGAUGCUACCCUGUGAUUAUCCCUCAGAGUUAUCCAAACUAAUUGAGAAGGAAAUUGCUAACUCAAUAACCAUAAUGGAGGACAACUCAUGCUCGCAGGGGUUAGUUAAUAAAGAGCUAGACAUAAAUGAAAGGAAAAAUGAUUUAGAUGUGCAAUUUAUGAAGACUGAUUAUUUAGAGGCCAAGGUUGAGAGGAUCAAGAGAUCUCUUACAGACUGCAGUAGGUUUGAAAGUCAACAUAGUGCUAUUUCUGAACUAUCACAUUGUUCUGGAUCCCUGGUAACAUCCUCUUGGCAAAAGGAUCAAAGUAAACAUAUAGUGAUGUCCUCUGAUUCUGAGGAGAAGGAUCCAAACAAUGGACAUUCUCUAGACGUUCAUGAGGAAGUUUACAAGAGACAUUCCCUUGAAAGCAACAGUGAAUAUCUAUGUAAGUUUCAAACGAAUCAAGCCUACCCCAGUACAUCAUUUUGUAAACUGGUUUGUUCUGGUCUGGAAGAUUCAGAGGAGGAACGGUAUAAAUAUGUAGAAACUGCUCAUGAUGCAUGCUUAAAUGAAACAUGUAAAUCGUUUGAUAUGUCCUGUUUUCCAGGAACAAUAUCCAUUCCUGAGACAGCAAUUCAAAAUGGAAUAAAGCCAAUGUCUGGACCAGUGUCUUCUGGCUGCCAUGCUGAUCCGGUAGAAGUUUCUCUGAAUAAUGAGCUGACACCGUUCACUUUCAGUGUUUGUCAGUCCUUAGACAAAUUGCCACAAAAUUCUGAUUCAUUGGUAAAUACUGAAAUUCCGGAAUCUUUUUCAAAAGCCGCAGUGCAAAAUCUCAGAGAUGGGAACACGGAAACCUCAACUGUGUGUAAUGUAAUAGAUGAGUGCGGCCAUGCUGAUUUUAAAUGGAAAUCAAAGUUUGCUGAGUCCAGUCCAUCUAUGGCGAUGGAUAUGGUACAUUUGUGGAGGAAACAUCGUAUUUGUCAAAAGGAUUUAGGACAGCAUGACAACCCAGAACUGGGUGUUAUUCAAGUUGUUAAACUUACUAGUGGACUGACCAAUCUAAUUUCUGAAGCUGACUUACUGUUUCAUGGUCACCAACAAAAACAAUGUGGUAUUAUGGAGCCUCUGAUGUCCCUUUCCGAUGAAGCCAUAUAUAGUUGGUAUUAUGAACAAAUGAUGAUGUCUACUGUUGCUGUACAUGGUUUUUGUUUUUAUGCCAAACGUAUAUCAGAUGUGGGAUCUAAGUUUGGUUUUAUGAAUGAGGUAGAUCUAACUUCAGAGAUGUUGGCUUGCACUACUAAUGUUAUGGCACUGGGAAACUUGUCUAGACAGGACCAAACAAAAAGCACAAGUAUCCAUGCCAAAAAGCAAUUAGAGGUGAACGACCCAACAAAUAUUAUGAAGAGAACAUGUUUGUCCAACGCGAUCCGGUCUAUCAUUCCUGCAAGAUCGUCAUUAUCAAUGAAAGGUCUUGCGUUCAAUGAAUAUAUAUCUUCACUACGCCAAAUUUCAUUUUCAGAAGGUUUCCGCAUUUCACAUGGUUCUGAAAAUAUGAGAAAACGAAGGCGGGUUGCUCCACAUUAUUUGAGCAGAGGUAGAAUGGCGUUGUCCCCUGAAAUUAUAUCAUUGGUGUGUGAAGGUGAUUUGUUCAGAAAUAUUUCUUCACAAUAUACUGCUAACAUGGAAAGCAACUGUACAUGAUUAAACUUUAGAGCGUACAUUUAAUUUAAAAAUAAAGCCAUUAGUUCUGUGAAAAUAAGAGUUGGUGUUUGGCAUAGGACGAGGCCAAUAUGGCUUAUUGACGCCUAUGAUUACGAUCAUGGGCUGAGAUUGUAAAAUAAACCAUAGCAGCGAAGGAUUAGCACAGGAGCUAGGAAUUGUAAAAUUUAUUAAUUGUAGACGUGUUAUUUAUUGUUCAAAUAAUCUUAUUUUAACUAGAAUUCUGUAGGGGCUGCCUUAAUGCAUCAAAUUGCAAUCUUAGAGCA